AUGAGCUCUAACCAAGACACCACGCAAUCGGCAACAAAGAAGCGAGAAUCCCGCGCGGGAACCCGUAAAGUGACAACUCUCUCCGCUGAACAGCUGGCGCGAAAGCGUGCCAAUGAUCGAGAGGCACAGAGAACCAUUCGUCAGCGGACGAAAGAACACAUCGAGCGACUGCAAAACCAAGUGGCUGAGCUUCAAGCCAAGAAUCAACAAUUCGAUGACGUGAUGCGACGGAAUGCUGCCCUGGAGCAUGAGAUCAAGGCCUUGAGGCAGCAAUUGGGUAUGCUCACUGGUGACCAAGGAUAUAGCAGCGUCGAAGGAUCUUACAGCAGCCCAGCAGGGGCACCGCCUCCAACUCAUUACUCGGAGUCCCUGAACGUGCCUCCGGUGUCUAGAGCGCCCUCUGUCCUUUCCGCCUCUAGCCAGGUUUCGGUCGCGCAGGAAUGGCAGACGUACGGCUCGACGCGGUCCUCAUCUCUAUGCGAAUCAUCAGAUGCGGAUUACAGCAACAGGGCCGAACCUUACGGGUUCGAGGCGCAGGCCCAGCCUUCUCAUACAAUGUCCAACACAAUCCCGCACGCCAAUUUCAACACCUCCAACGUCGCUCACCCACCGGAUCCCACUUUCCAACAAUAUCCACACAAGCCUUGCCAUAUGUACCCAGCCGACCGCCCAUGCCAAUGCCGGAAGUUCCACCAGAACGAGCAGCCGGGGGGUAUCCAGUACUUCAAGGCUCGCAGCACUACCCUCAUGCCGUUAAUCAGCCAGGAGGAAAUCAGCCAGGAGGAAAUCACGGCUACAGCUACGGCUGGCCACAUCAGUCUUGAACUCACUUACCGGGAACUCCUAGCAUUUUCCAUCCGAUACCCGAACAUUCAUGGGAAGAUUCAUCAUUGGUCUGAGCGUGGAGCACGAGAUUCACUACUCCCGUUGAAGAAGACUCGACGCAUGUCGAUUGAGUUAGCGACGUCACUUCGAUCGGAGAGGCUCGCACAUAUGCUCGGAGGACUUGGGGUGUCGUCGUCGGUCGAUGGCGAGGCCACUCCACUUGCAGGAAACCUCCACCGACAAUGCUCCUUAUCCGUCGAUGAAGCAUGCACAUCAGUGAAAUGGUGCCGAGGAAUCAAUUGCGACGGGCUCUUACGAGCAAACUCGAGCCGGUUCCCACCUCUGUUCGCUCCAGAGCCCACCACAACUCUAUGA